AUGAACGCUGCUGAUGAUGAAGUGAUACAAGUUAGAGAAGAUGUUCGACAAGUGGUGGGUUGAAAAAAUUAUUUUUGAAAAAAUGAAACUGCAGAAUUUUUCCAGGGAACUAGAAGAAGUCGAGAUGAUCAUGAUAUUUCGUUUGCCAAAAAAGUGGCGUUUGGUGAGUUUUUCUGGGGAAUAUUUAAAAUUAAAAAAAAAAUUAAAUUUUCAAUAAAAUCUGCUAAAAAAUUAUUUUUUAAAUAAUUUCAAAAUUGUUUAAAAAAAAUAAAUGUGAUCGCUGAAUUUUUUCACAAGUUGAAAAAGAAAAAAUUAAAAUUUUAAAAUUUAAAAUCUGCUGAAAAUUUCUCAACACUGGCAUAGUUAUAUUGAAUUCGGAAAUUAGUUUUUGAACAUGGAAAACAAUGAAAAAUGAUUUUGAAAAAUUGAAUUUCGCUAGUUGAUUUUCUCAACUUCUGAAUUUUCAAAACCUCAAAAAAAUCCUAGCUCCAAUUUUCAGGAGUCGGCCAUUUCUACAAUGAUUUAUGUGCUAGUAUGUGGUUCACCUAUCUCAUGAUAUACAUGGAAAAAGUUUUAAAAUUCCGAAGUAGUCGAGCCGGAUUGCUCAUGUUAAUUGGACAGGUGACAGUUUUAUUUAAAUUAUGUUUUUCUAUAGAAUUCCAAUUUUUCUCAGGUCACGGACGGCAUUUCUACCCCGCUUGUUGGAAUUUUUAGUGAUUCAAAUAUUCUUCCCUCAUGUUUUGAGAAAAUUGGUCGACGAUUGUCGUGGCAUCUGAUCGGUAUGUUUGAAUUUGAAACAUAUUUUUAAAGUAAAACACUUUCAGGCUCAAUUUUGGUAUCAAUAUCCUUCCCAUUUAUAUUUAACAAAUGUUUUCUGUGCAAAUCUACAACUUCAGAAUGGUUUGAAGUUCUUUGGUUUGUCCCAUUCAUUAUGGUCUUUCAAUUUGGAUGGGCAUCUGUGCAGGUUAGAUACUUUUUGAGCUUCUCACAUCAGAAAAAUGUUUUCCAGAUCUCACACCUUGCCCUGAUUCCAGAAUUAUCAUCAGUUCCAUCAAGUCGAUCAACUAUGAAUUCAUUGAGAUAUGCAUUUAGCGUGAUUGCUAAUCUUUCGGUGUUUUUCACGUUGGCCUGGUUGCUUUCGGAAUCCACUGGACAUUCUUCUAUUGGACCUUGGGAUUUUGGACAUUUUAGGGUGAGGAAUAAAUGUUUGGAAAUAAUAAAUUUAAAAGAAUCAAUCAAUAUCUGACACAAAAAUUAAAAAAAAAUAUUUCUGAUUUGAAAAAUGUCAAACCUGGUAAAACAUUUUUUGCUGAAACUGAUCCAAUUUUUCAUGUACAAUGAUCAUUCGCAAAAAACACGAUAAGUGGAAAUGUUUAGAAAUCUGAAAAUUAAUGAACAUUUUAAAUAUGUGCAAGAAAAAUGAUCCUCAACUUCUAGAAUCCAAAUUUUUCCAGUUAGCCGCUCUCCUCGCUGUCGGACUUGGUAUCAUCGUCUCCUUGAUCUUCCACAUUUUCACCCGAGAGCCUGAAAAUCGACGCCGACACAGUCGAUUGAACUCAUUCUCAUCAGACGCUUCAGAAUUGGCUAGAAUGCAGUGGACCAGCUGGUUUGGAUAUAUGCAAUUCUAUCAAAUUGCUUUGCUUUAUAUGUUAUCCAGGUUAUAUAUCAAUGUGUCACAAGUCUAUUUUCCAUUUUAUAUUACCUCAACUCAAAAUUGUGAAAAGGUUGGUUUCAUUUGAAUAUUUACUUUUUUUUUUGAAAAUUAAUAUUUUUCAGAAAUACGUUGCGAUUCUUCCAAUGAUUUCAUAUCUUUCAUCAUUUACUGUUUCAAUUAUCAAUAGUCAUCCAAAAAUCGGCGGAAUUUCGAAGAAAGUCAUUUACUGGGUCGGACUUUUAGCGGGAUUAUUAUCGUGUACCGCGAUGCUUUUUGAUCUACCUGGAUGGAAGAUUUUUGGAUUGGCAGUUGGGAUUGGAAUUGCUCAAGCGAUAUUGUUGAUUACAAGUUUAUCGAUAACUGCGGACUUGAUUAACAGGAACACGGUGAGAGAUUUUUAAAAUGUUUUUUUUAACAAAAUGUUUUUUCUUCAGGAAAGUGGUGCAUUUGUCUAUGGAGCAAUGAGUUUUCUGGACAAACUUGCGAAUGGAGUUGCAUAUCAAGUUAUCGAGUUAUGGAAUCCAACUUGCGAGUGAGUGUUUUCUUUUUUUUUUUUUCAAAUAUUACCAAUUCCAAUUUCAGCUCUUCAAAACCCCAUGAAGCCUGCGUGAUUUUCUACCGUAGAAUAAUGGUUUUUGUCCCUGGAGCAUGUUUGGUGCUCGCUGCAAUUAUUAUGAUUUCCUUGGCGCCAUUUAAAAUUGGAGAAAGAAGUCGGAGAGAACUUCGAGAUGAUGAGCAAAGAAUUUUGGAUGAAGAUCAGGAGGAGUGA